GCUUAGAACUACCAGAAAUAUUACCACCAAAAUAUCCAUAUCAUAAAGAAUAUAUACCAACAGUAAAUAAACCAAGAGAAGUAAAUCAAUUAGCAGAUGACUUGGUUAUUAAACUGAAACCUGACAUUUUAAAGAACAGAAGAAUGA